AUGUCUCUGGCAUCUCAUACUACAUGUCUUCUUUUGCUGCUAUUGCUGCUGUUAGAAACCUGGAAGAAGCUGGGCCAUGCUCACUCUCUUUGCCUUGACUUCACUGUCAAAUCUCAAUCCAGACCUGGACAGCCCUGGUGUGAAGUGCAGGGCUCAGUGGACAAAAUGCCUUUCCUUCAGUAUGACAGUGACAGCAACAAGGUCAAAGCUUUGGCAUGUCUUUGGGCAUGGACAGAAUUGACCCAAACACUGGGAGAAGUAGGGCAAGAGCUCAGGGUGAUUCUGCCUAAGGUCAAACUGGAGAAUAACAAGACCUGGGGUCCUCCCACUCUGCAGGUCAAGGUGUUUUGUGAGCAUGAAGCAGAGCUAUGCAUUGGUGCAUCCUGGCAGUUCACCUUCACUGGACAGCUGUCCCUCCUCCAUGCAAUGAACAUGAACUGGACAGUAAUUAAUCCUGGAGCCAGAGCAAUCAAGGAGGAGUGGGAGAAUGCCAGGGAACUGGCAGAGUAUUUCAGGAAGAUCUCAACAGGAGACUGUAGUCACUGGCUCAGGGAAUUCUUGGAGAACUGGGGUGAAAUUCUUGAAGAACUUGGAGAGCUGGAGCUGCCAGUUCCAAUCGUCAUUGUCAUCGUGCUCAUCAGGAGGAGAUCAGGCACCAUGGAAG